UAGCGGGCGGCGGACGCUGAGUGAGGGCCAUGAGGAAGCUCAAGAUGCACCCAAAACGUGCCCGCUGCAGGACUCCUAGCCCCCCGCCGCAGCGCGGUGCGGUGCUGGCCGAGUCAGCGAGCGCGGAGCCCGAGGACGACGCGGACCCUCAGAGCUGGAGCCCCGAGCGGCUGUGUGCCUUCCUCAGCCGCCACGGCUUCAGCAACCCCGCGCUGCUCAGCCGCUUCCAAGAAAACAAAAUCAGAGUCUCUCAGCUGCCCCACCUUGAUGAAUCACUUCUUGAAGAUCUUGGAGUAAGGUCUUUAGGAGACAGACAGAAGCUGCUGGAUUGUAUCUGUAAACUGAAUCAAAGCCAUGAUGACGCAAUGAAGAUAUUUAAUGAUCCUAUUCAUGGCCACAUAGAUCUUCACCCUCUUCUUAUCCGAAUCAUUGAUACACCUCAGUUUCAACGUCUUCGAUAUAUUAAACAGCUGGGAGGCUCUUACUAUGUUUUUCCAGGUGCUUCGCACAACCGAUUUGAGCAUUCUCUAGGCGUCGGGUAUCUAGCAGGAUGUCUGGUCCGUGAACUACAAGAAAAACAGCCUGAACUAAAGAUAACUGAGCGGGAUGUGCUUUGUGUUCAGAUUGCUGGGCUCUGUCAUGAUCUAGGUCAUGGACCAUUUUCACACAUGUUUGAUGGAAGAUUUAUACCCCUUGCUCGCCCAGAAUUGAAUUGGAAGCAUGAAAUAGCUUCAGUCAAGAUGUUUGAGCAUCUGGUUGAUGCCAAUGGAAUUGAAAGUGUAAUGAAGAAGUAUGGACUUACCCCAGAAGAAGACAUGUGUUUUAUCAAAGAACAAAUCGCGGGACCUCUUGAUUCGACAGUAGAGAGUUCUUCGUGGCCGUAUAAAGGGCGACCCGAAGAGAAAAACUUUCUUUAUGAAAUAGUGGCUAAUAAACGCAAUGGCAUUGAUGUGGAUAAAUGGGAUUAUUUUGCCAGGGAUUGCCACCAUCUUGGAAUUCAAAAUAACUUUGACUAUAAGCGCUUUAUUAAGUUUGCCCGUGUAUGUGAAGUAGAUAAUAAGAAACACAUUUGCACCAGAGACAAGGAAGUUGGAAAUCUGUAUGACAUGUUUCAUACACGCAACUGCCUUCACCGAAGAGCUUACCAGCACAAAGUUGGCAACAUCAUUGAAACAAUGAUUACAGAUGCCUUCCUUAAAGCAGAUCCCUACAUACAAAUAGAAGGUGCUGAGGGGAAAAAGUACAAGCUUUCUACAGCAAUUGAUGAUAUGGAAGCCUAUGCUAAACUUACAGAUAACAUUUUUCUGGAGAUUUUGCACUCUAGUGAUCCCAGAUUGGCUGAGGCACGAGAGAUUUUACACAAAGUUGAAUGUCGUAGACUAUACAAGUUCGUGGGUGAGACUCAGCCAACAGGGGAAGAGAAGAUUAAAAUGGAGGAAUAUGAUCAACUUCCAAAAGAUGUGGCUGCAUCCACACCACAAGGUAUAGCCCUGAGAGUUGAAUUAAAGGCUGAAGAUUUCAUAGUUGAUGUUAUCAACAUGGAUUAUGGAAUGAAAGAAAAAAAUCCUAUUGAUAAUGUUCGUUUCUAUUGCAAGAGUAACAAAAGUAAAGCAGUCAUGAUUACAAAAGAUCAGGUUUCACAGCUUCUACCUGAAAAAUUUGCUGAACAGCUUAUCCGAGUAUACUGUAAGAAAACAGAUAAAGAAAGUUUAGAUGCCGCCAGUAAAUAUUUUGUUCAGUGGUGCAUGAACAAAAACUUCACCAAACCACAGGAUGGUGAUGUUGUGGCCCCAACACUAACACCUAUGAAAGCAAGUUGGAAUUCUCAGCAUGGAGGCCAAACUCCAGAUCACAAUAGAGAGGGUUCCAAGGCCAGAGCCAAGCUUUUUCAGAAAUGACUAAUAGAAUGAGAAUGUCCACUCACUGUGUCCACAUACCUGCUUCCUAUAGGAGGAUCUGCCCAAGUCACAAUGCUGCAAGAAGGCUUAAACACACCUACCAUUUCUUUCUUGGCUUCUACAAACAAAGCUGUUCUGCAUCUCUCUCAAUCAGAAAUUGAUCACAAUGUCACAAGCUUUUUCUCUCUAAUUAACUUGGGGAGCUGAGAGCUACAAAUAAGGGGAAUUUUAUUAUAAACAACAUUUGUAACAAAUCCAAUGGCGAUUUUAGAUUUUUAGUUGCAAUAGAGCAAUUUUUAUAUGAGGGAACAGGAGGAUCUUAUAUCAGGUAGGUAUAUAAUCUGCAGACUGCAGGAAAAACAUAAACUUUUUCAUUAUUAAUUCAAAAUUGGCUUGAUAUCUACAACUCUUAAUUCUUUAUGUUAAAAAAAGAAACACGCCACUUUUAUAUAUUCAGUUCCUGUGGGAGGAAAACUGUCUUAAAAAUUUAUGGGAAACAGGCUUGACAGACUUAGUGUGUUGCCUCCUGGUUGUGGGAAGCUGCCCACCCCCACCCCAUCCCUGGUUAAAACAGCAGAAUCCUUUAGAGGCAUGGGGCCCAGCCUGGCCCCUCCGAGGUGAGGGCGUGCCUUGAUGAAAGGUACCAGACUUUACCUUGCUUGUCUCCUGUAGACCUGAGGGAAGGCAUAUUUGGAGUUGGCACUUAGGAGAAACGUUGUUUGUAAGGGAAAAGCACAAGGGUUCAAGGCACAUUAUUCCAGAUCAAACUGAUCUCAGUGCACAGAAUGAAGUGGCCUUUGUAGAUCCUUGUCCCCACAGUCCCUGUGCAGACCCUACAAGGGCUCUAACACAGGGCAACAUUGCCGCUUGAUAGGACCUCCGACCUCACCUAAAUGACUCCCGGCAGAUUUCGAUCACUCUUGUUUCUGAAUAAACAAGACUGUAAGAAGGCUUUGCUUUAAAACAUCACUUUUUCAAGGCACUGCUGUGGCUGGGGAGUAAGUUUCUGCUGCCUCAACAAAAUAAAAUAGACUGCGUCAACAUGUUGUUCAGGCAAAAAGACCAGACUUUAUUGCCAUCCUUGUGACUUCCUUAGUGGCUUUCGGGCGCAGGCUGGUGUUGAAUCUCCCUUUUCCCAGGGUGCCCAGAGUGGGAAUGGAUAAUUAAAGAAACCUGGGCCCCUGCUCAUCCUUCAUCAUGCAUAUGUGCAUGCCAGUGUUGCCUGCUUAGUCCAAGGUCUGAUCUUGUCUAGGCCUGGCUGGCAGGGGAAAAGGGGAGUGCAGGCCACAUCCCCAAAGCAGUUGUUCCCAGAGACUUCCAGACUGUUUUUUGGGAAGUAAAAUCUUCCACGCCCUUCAAGACCAGAACUUCCUUCAUGAAACCUUCCAUGAUCCCCCAUCUGAAACAAUCUUUGCCUCUUUUGAUUCGUUAUGGCACUUUAAAUACCUAUCUUGUUACCUCAUCAUGCUCUCUGUUGUUCUGUAGGUGCUAGAUUAUAAAGUCUUUGCGAGGAGAGACCAUGUCUUCUUAUCUUUAUACCUCCCCCAGUACUUAACGUGGGGCAUUACACACAGUAACCACUUCAGAAUGUUUGUUAAAUUGAAUGAGAUCACAGUGCUGUGUCAUCCACUGGCUUUGAUCUUCAAGUGAAUUGUCUCCAGGGGCCUGGAUGGGCAGCCAGAUUUCCCAGUCUAGUGAGUGUUCAGGCUCCCAGUUCUAGGAUCAAACUGGGAGGGCAUUAGAGAUAGUCACCAAGUGAAUAUAGGAUUAUAUCUCAAAAGCAAGUGGACAUGGGGCAGCUAGGUAUCAUAGUGGAUAGAACACCAGCCUGGGCAUCAGGAGGACCUGAGUUCAAAUGUGGUCU